CUGUCAAUUAAUCUGUAAAGAAGUUCUUAAAAUAACAAUUUAAAUUUCCUGUUUUUAAAAUAAAAAUGGAGCAUUUCAUGAUUGCACUGGCGCUUUCUUUGUUCAUCAUGCCUGAUAAUCAUAUUAAUAAUAAUCCUCGAAAGCCGAAAGUAAGCUUGUUAUCAAUAAUUGCUAGAUGGCACGCAUAUACUUUGAGAAUGGUGGAAAAUACAAACAUCAAUAUGGCUAUAUUAACUCGAAAAACAAUAAGAAGCGACCAUUUGGAUGCACGUUUAUUAAAUUCACUUAAAAUGAAGAAGAAACUUGCAGCGAUGAACAAAAUAUUGGAGAAGGAACGCAAGUUGUAUACUAAUGCAUUGUCAAAAAUCUAAUUUAAAGUUCUUAUUUUUACCAGAGUCAUUUUAGACUCAUGAUAACAUUCCAAGCUUCAAAACCUACAUAGAAAAAUUUAUUAGAACUUUUUAUUAAAUUCUACAUCCAUGAUUAAAGUCUCAUAAUUCAAAUUUUAAUAUUUCAAAGCG